CGACAGUAAAGACAUGCCGGGAUUGCUGCGAGUCGGACGGGGUGGCGGCAGCAGCAGUCUCUUCGGAGAGGGUUUCAAGCUUUCUGUCCGUCGGUAUGCAUCCCAGUCAUCAGCUGCGCCUGUCAAAGAGAGGAGAAGAAUCGCGGUACUCGGCGGAGGCAUCUCCGGACUGACGAUGGCAUUGCAGCUUGUACGGCGGCUUCCGACCCAUGAUAUCCACCUUUACGAAGCUAAGAAGCGAGUCGGAGGAUGGGUCGAAAGCGAAAAGAUCAAAGUUGGAGGUGAUCUGGCGCUUGUCGAGGGUGGACCAAGGAGUAUAAGGCCAGCCAGCUUGCCAGGAUUAGCGAUGAUGAGUCUGGUUCGAUCAUUGGGGCUGGAGGAAAGAAUGCUCUCGAUUCCAAAGACUCAUCCUUCGGCCAAAAACCGCUACAUAUUCCACUCAGGAAAGGUCAACCUCUUGCCAAAUUCGCUGGCAUCGGCCUUCUUGGCCGUCCUUACUAAUCGGCCUCCUCGAUUACGGAGCAUCAUCCCAGCGCUGGUACACGACUUCCGCACUCCACCAGACCUCGGUGCUGGCGCUGAAUCGGUCGAAGAUUUCUUUCGACGGCGCCUGGGGCCCGCCGGCCUGAAGAUCAUCGACAACGCCAUGAGCGCCGUCUUGCAUGGCAUCUACGCUGCCGACACUAAAGACUUGGGCAUUCGAAGUAUCUUUGGCUUUCUCGCUCUCGCUGAGAAGCGACACGGCGGACUGAUCAGAGCGGCAAUGCCGACCAGGUGGAAUCGCUUCUACAGGACCGACGAGGAAAUCAGCAAGGACAACGCCACCGCAAGGGAGAUGAUUGCGAAGGAGAAGCAAGAAGGCAUAGAGCAGCUCGAGCUCGAAGAACAGCUGGGAAAGGCAACAGUAAAUUACAUGAAGACUACAAGCAUCUUCAGCUUCAAGGAAGGAAUUCAAGAGCUCACCAACGCCAUCGAGGAGGACAUCGUCCAACGGGGCGUCACGAUUCAUCGAGGAGAUCCGAUCAAGGAGAUCCGAGCAAGCCCACAGCGACUAGCAGAAAUAGUACUGCAGGGGGGCGACGAAUGCAAAUUCGACCGAGUCGUAAGCGCGAUGCCGUCAAACGACCUUGCGGCAGUCUGGAAGGAUGACCCUGCGCUUGUUCACCUCUUGAAAACUGACACAUCGACUGUUGCCGUUCUCAAUCUCGCCAUCCGAUCUCCUAACCCGCUUCGUGUCCCAGAUGGCUUUGGAUACCUGGUUCCUCGUGCCUCGGUCGACACCAACACGCUUGGACUUCUUGGUGUCGUCUUUGACAGCGCUGCUGUCCCUGGUCAAGAGAGCUCGGAGGGCAACAUCACAAAGCUCACAAUGAUGCUUGGCGGCCCCUUUUUCAGAAAAGGCUUCACAGUCUUCGACCAAUUGCAAAGUCUCGGGCCAGGUUCCUGGGGCUUAGCGCUUAAGACCAAGGGAAAUGACGAUGAUGACGUUCCUCAACAAGUCCAAGAGUUGACAAGCAUGGCAAUUGACACUCUAUGCCAGAAUUUGGGUAUUCCUAAAGAGGUACUCGCACAGUCGGCCAUCAAGGCAAAAUUGCGCUUGCAAGUCGACUGCAUCCCUCGGUAUGACCGCCACCAUCUCGAGCGUAUGAAGGAGCUUCACCACGUCUUGAAGCAUCAAGAGCCUAAAGGCGGUUGCCUGACCCUCAUCGGCGCCUCCUACACGGGCAUUUCCGUCAACGACUGUGUCCUCAACGCGUCACGAACUGCGAAUCUACUCGCUGAUGACGAGGGGACCGGAGCUCGCGGUAUCAUCACCGGGCUCGAGCACCUUGCGCAAUAGAGCUCAGACCGGAACAUCUUUGUACAGUACAGUACCUCAUCACAUUUGUGCAGUAGUCAGGCCUUCGCAG